AAAAAAAAGUGGGAGUGACGGAGAUGGAGGUGGAGAAAGGGUGGCAGUCAGAGAGGAAGCAAAGAGAAAGUGAAGCUUGACAACUGAGAGGAAGGAGCAGAUGCAGACAAGAUGCAGAUGAGAAGCUAAAGAAGAAUGGGAGAGAGAAGAGAAUACUUUGUGAUAAAAUAAGCAUAAAUGAAGGAGUGGCUGCUGCUGACCGAGUGGACAAAGUUCAGCUCCUUGCUCGUGAAGGAAACAAUUGCAGUCAGACGAGACUGACGUGAUGUGGCCAGCAACUGUCCUCCUGCUGCUGUUGCCUUGUUUGCUGUCCUCCGCAGACACAGGAACCAGCAUUAAUAUUAACCAAUCAGAAACUGUCAACAUGGACUUCUCUGAUGCUCCUUUCAAAGGCCAGAAACCUCUCAGAGGGGUCAAAGGUCAGGACACAUGCUCCAUCCCAUGUGACAUUGCUGUCAAGCUGCUACGAGAUGAGAAACAUUCAGUCUGUGGCCAGUUACAGCAGUCUCUGGUGGCGUUUGAACGUGGCACCCGGAAGCUGAUCACGAAUAUGAUGGAGGAGCAGCAGAGAUCCCUGGACGUCCUCAGCAAUCAGGUCACAGAGCUGAUGACCAAAGUGCAGAUGCUCAGCUAUGACAUUCAGAGAAGCAGUGCAGAGAUGUACUCCAUGAAAUCUGUGCAGUCCCAUGGACGAGAUUGCAGUGACAUCAAGGACAGUCUUGUGUCAGUCGUUCCCAAGAUCCCCAGUGGUAUUUACAUUGUCCACCCAGAGGACACUGACUCUAUAUUUGAGGUUUUCUGUGAGAUGGACUACAUGGGAGGUGGAUGGACGGUGAUGCAGAGGAGGAUGGACGGACUAACUGACUUCAAACGACCCUGGACUGAUUAUGCUGAUGGAUUUGGAAAUCUUGCAGGAGAGCACUGGUUGGGCCUGAAGAAGGUGUUUCACAUAGUAAACCAGAAAGAUACUCGGUUCCAACUUCACAUUGCUCUGGUCUCACAGGAUGAUGUCACCUCUUACGCAUCAUAUGAUGAUUUCCACCUGGACACUGAAACCCAGUUCUUCAGUAUACACCUGGGCAGAUAUGCAGGCAGUGCAGGUGAUGCCUUUCGUGGUUAUGACCAGGAGCAGAACCAGGACACUGCUCCGUUCAGUGCCUCAGAUGUGGACAAUGAUGGCUGCAAUCCUUUCUGCUCCAUUGGCAACCGCACGGUGGAGAGCUGCAGCACUCGGCACAACCAGACAGGAUGGUGGUUCAACCAGUGCGGCCUGGCAAACCUCAACGGUUGUUCUGAGGAUGCAGAACAGAACCAGGGCCAGAGGACGCACAUCCUGUGGGACACCUGGAGACAGAACGGGAUCCCUCACUCCAUAAAAUCUGUCACUAUGAAGAUCAGGAGGAUUACAACCAAUAACUGAAAGUUGGAAGUUAACUGAGAAGAGCACAGGGUCAGUACUGUAAAAGUUGCACUGCAUCUUUGAACAACCUGAUGUUUUAAUAAAACAGGACAUUUUAUUUUCAUAGUUUCAUUGUAACAAAUCACCUGUUAUGAAAAUAUUCCAUUUGUGACUUUGCUUUGACUGUUAAAAACAUAUAUACCAAAAAUUAUAAACGCAAUCUAUUACUACAAAACAGACAAAAUUCUGAAAAGCAGAAAAAAUAUACACCAAGUCACUUAAAUCUGUAACGCAGCCUAAAAUAUUGUGAUUGUGUAGUAGUCGCUGCAGAGGUGUUGAGUAGAUUGUGCAGUUAUUGUUUUUUUUAAUGUACAUUUCUGUUUUUUCUCGUGUCUGUUUGGUGUUGCUGACUAUUAUAACCAGUGUAAUGGGAAAUCUUGAAUUAAACAAGUGUCUCAAGCUUCUGAGUUCAAGACCCUUCAUGAGACAUGCAUGGGAAGUAGUACACUACAAGAUUCUGUUAUGUUUCGAGCAAACAUAACAGACUUCAAGCAAACGUCAAUAUACCAAGCUGAAGAUUCAGCGAGUCUAGUCUGUUUUACUGGGAUGAAGCUCCCUAAUGAGCUGGUUUCAAUGUGACUGGUAGCAGAAAAUAAAACAGAUCCCUCUGGUUGACAACACCACUACAGACACAAUCCACUAGGUGGAGCUAUGUGAUUCCCGUCAUUGUCAAGUAGCAGGCAGAAAAAGCAGAAUUUCCUUAUGAUGUAAAUCCCAUGACGCUUCGAACGCAUGCUAUUUGAAAAAGGCUCUUUUUUUGUCUCUAAAUAUUUUAGCCUGAUUAAAAUGUAAGCUUCAAUAAAUUCAAGUUGAAUAAAGGUGCAGCACAGAGUGCUAAAGUAUUAAAGGUAGGGUUGGCAAGUCCUUCCAGAAACAUUUUUGU